AUGAUGGAUCGAUACUCCGUUCGUCAUGUGAGCAGAAGUGAACUCAACUCGUUUAAACGGGUGACAAGCGUUCCUGUUCAACAUUCAAGAGGAUUACGUCACGUGUUUAUCAAACAUCAAAGUAAUCCUCCAUCUCCUCUAUCGUACGAACUCUCGAUGCGAUGCGAUAGUGAAACUAAAUCUGAAUCUGCACCAAAAACCCAUCGUGUCCAAUCUGAACCUAAACGAUUUGACACAAAAUGUUGGAGUGUUAUAAAUAAUCAAUCUUUAAAAUGUACUAAACAAAUCAAUCCUCGGAUUUUGACAGUGAGUCAAAUAAGCAACGAAUUAGACAAUACUUCGGAUGAUAACUUUGAUACAGAAUGGACAAAUGCGAAUAAAAAAUCCAAAAGAAAACAAAAGAAAAAAAAAUGCUGUUGGGGCCAUCCUUGCCCAUUGCUGUGCUUGUGCCUUAUUCUAGCUCUCGCAUUAGCUGGACUUGCCGCACUUAUAAUUGUUCUUAAAAUGCAAAAUACAACAACAACAACAACAACGACGACAACCACCACGACCCGAACAACAACAUCGUCUUCAUCAACAACAUCAGCAACCACUACGUCAACUAGCUCGACUCAAACUACAAGUUCAACAUCAAGCACUAGCUCGACUUCGGUAACAACAACUAGUACAACAAGUUCGACCACCACAUCUCGUACCACAUCAACAUCACAGACAACAUCGACAACAUCUCGAACAACUUCAACACAGACAACAACAGUGGUAACGAGACCAGUAACAACACCAGACUGUGCAAGUUCUGGCUUUGGUUACGGAAAACUAAUGCAACAAUUUGGACCGACUCCAUCUACAUGGACUAAAUCGACUUUAAGUUACACAGCAACAAACUACACCGAUCCUAUCCUUUUGUUUGGCCUGGAAACUUCAAGCAGUAACAAUCACUAUUUGGAUAGCGUAUCGGUUGUUGACACUGCAGCGCCAUCUGUUGAAUUGCUCACCAAUCCUAGUUUUGAAGAUGCGAUUUCAUUCUUAGCUGGUUGGAACCAAUGGUGCGCGAAUACCUGUACGACAACUAUUAAUUCGAAUGGCGAUCCAGCAGAGAAAGCGCCUAGUAUUUUUUGUGUCUCAUCCACUGGUAGUUGUGUUCAAGUUUCUUGCGAAAGUACUGGUUUGGGCAUUUAUUUUCUUGGUCAAUCCUUUACGGCAAUAAUCGGUCAUACGUAUACGAUCUCAUUUUGGCAAAAACAUGCCGGUUCAGGUUCGAAUGAGUUUUAUGUCGAUGUUGUUUAA